UAUUCAGACUUGCGCCAUGAUGAACUAAAAAAUGACGUCACAAUAACUAACAAUAACAACCUUACCCUUGAAUAUUUUAUUGAUGUAAAAACCAACUUUUAUACACCCUUCAAUCCACCCCUUGUUAUCCAGCUUAAAUCCCAGGAAAGCUUGAUUGUUGUAAAAAACAAAAAAAAUGUCAGAACAAUUGACAGCUAAAAUUGGACCAUCAAUAUUAAAUUCAGAUUUAUCAUCACUUUAUGAAGAAUCACAAAAGCUAUUAGACAAUGGAGCUGAUUAUUUACAUCUGGAUGUUAUGGAUGGACAUUUUGUUCCAAAUAUAACAUUUGGACAUCCAGUUGUCAAGUGUUUGAGAAAUAAAAUUAAAAAUGCAUUUUUUGAAACUCAUAUGAUGGUGUCAAAGCCAGAACAGUGGAUAAAUUCAAUGGCUGAUGCUGGAGUCGAUCAAUACACAUUUCAUGUAGAGCCAGUUGAUUGUGUACCUGAUAUAUGCAGAAAGGUCAAAGAGGCAGGCAUGAAGGUUGGAGUUGCAUUGAAACCAGGAACACCAGUUGAUGUUGUAGUUGACUACAUAGACAUGGCUGAUAUGGUUUUAAUUAUGACAGUUGAGCCAGGUUUUGGUGGACAAAAAUUUAUGGAUUCAAUGAUGGAGAAAGUUAGUUGGCUUAGAAAUAAUUAUCCAAGUUUGGAUAUUGAAGUUGAUGGAGGUGUUGGUAUCAAUAAUAUUGAUGUUUGUGCCAAGGCUGGAGCAAAUAUGAUUGUUUCUGGAACAGCUGUUACUGGAUCAAGUGAACCUGCCAAAGUUAUUGCUACUCUUAAAAAUAGUGUUAAUUAUUGUCUAGCUAAACAUUAAUUAAAACUCAAAACAAAUUUAAUUAUAUUUUUCAAUAACAAAAAAAAUGUGAAAUUUAUUUUUCUGAUAUUUAAAAAAAAAAAUAUACAAAUGUUUAUUUAA